AUGGCCUCGUUGUACGUUGGAGAUCUCAACCCAGAGGUCACCGAGGCUGUUCUCUUCGAGAAAUUCAGUGCGGCUGGACCGGUUCUCUCCAUCAGAGUUUGCCGUGACAAUACCACCAGAAUGUCUCUCGGAUAUGCCUACGUCAACUUCCAACAACCAGCUGAUGGUGAGUUUUUAAGAUCUCUUCAGAAUAUCACCAAAUUGAAUUUUUCAGCUGAAAGAGCUUUGGAUACCAUGAACUUCGAAACUUUGGACGGAAGACCAAUGAGAAUCAUGUGGUCUCAAAGAGAUCCCGCAAUGCGCCGUUCUGGAGCUGGAAACAUUUUCAUCAAGAACUUGGACAAAAGUAUCGAUAACAAAGCCAUGUACGAUACAUUCUCCCUUUUCGGAAACAUUCUUUCCUGCAAGGUGAUUAUUCUUUACUUGAUUACAUUUUGAACCAAGCACUGCAUAGAAGUUCUAAAAGAUAACGUUUCAUUUCCCAGGUCGCCACCGACGACGAAGGAAACAGCAAAGGAUACGGUUUCGUUCAUUUCGAAACCGAGGAAGCUGCUCAAAACGCCAUCCAAAAAGUCAAUGGUAUGCUUCUUGACGGAAAGAAAGUGUAAGUUAGACGUUAAAUAACAAUUAGGCGCAUAUUUAGUUUUAAAAAAUUUCAGAUUCGUCGGAAAAUUCCAACCACGCUCUCAAAGACUUCGUGAUCUUGGAGACUCUCCAAAGAAGUUCACCAAUGUUUUCGUCAAAAACUUUGGCGAUAAACUCGACCAAGAUGGUUUGGAGAAAUUGUUCUCGGCUUUUGGAAAGAUAACCAGCUGCGCCGUCAUGGAGUCCGACGGUAAACCAAAGGGAUUUGGUUUUGUUGCUUUUGCUGAAGCCGAAGAAGCCGAGAAAGCCGUCAAUGCAAUGCACGACACAGCAAUUGAAGGAACCGACGUCAAAUUGUACGUGUCUCGCGCGCAAAAGAAAGGCGAACGUCAAAUGGAGUUGAAGAAAAAACAUGAAACUCAAAAGGCGGAACGUUUGCAAAAGUACCACGGAGUCAACCUUUAUGUCAAGAAUCUUGACGAAACUGUUGACGACGAAGCUUUGAAGAAACAAUUCAGCGAGUUCGGAAACAUCACCAGUGCAAAGGUCAUGAUGGACGAAAAUGGUCGCUCCAAGGGAUUCGGUUUCGUUUGUUUCGAAAAACCACAAGAAGCCACCAAUGCCGUUACUGAAAUGAACUCGAAAAUGUUGUGCUCGAAACCAUUGUACGUCGCUUUGGCUCAACGUAAAGAAGAUCGUCGUGCUCAACUCGCAUCACAAUACAUGCAACGUUUGGCCAGUAUGAGAUUGCACAACAAUGUUCCAGGAAAUCCAAUGUACAAUCCAGCUCAAGCUCAAGGAUACGUCGGUUACGUUCCAAACAACAUGGGUCCAGUGAGUUUAAAUUGUCAGCAACUUUUCACAUAUUCAAUCUUUUUCAGCAACGCAUGUUCAGCGGAGCCAACAUGAUGCGCGGAGCUGGAAAUCGUGGAGCGUGGGGUGUUCAAAAUCAAUAUCCACCACAAGCCGGAUACAUCGUUCCAACUCAACAAAACUACGUGAGUUUCAUUAAAAUAAAUAUAGCGAAAUUUUAUCUGAAAAUUUACAGCAAAACAGAAUGCGCCCACAAGCCGUUGGACGUGGACAAUCUCCACAACAAUUCAAUCAAAAUCCUCAACAAAUGCGCAUGCCACAACAACAGCAACAACAACGUCAACCAAAUGUUGCUGGACAACAAGCCAAUGUUGCCAGACCACAAGUAUGUGAAAAUUAUAUUUAGCUUCAAUACAUAUUUAUAUUUUCAGCAAAAUCGCAUGCCACAAGCUGGAGGAAAGGUCGCUCCUCAACCAUAUCAACAAUCGUACGGACAACAACCAAGAAAUCAAGGAAUUGUUAUCGGCGGCCAAGAACCACUCACGGCUAGUAUGCUUUCCACCGCUGCUCCACAAGUAAGUUUAAUUUGAAUCAAUUUUAUACAUUUGAGACUAAUUGGUCAUUUUUCAGGAGCAAAAACAACUUCUUGGAGAACGUAUCUACGCGCUCAUUGAAAAGAUUCAUCCGGGACACAAGGAUGCUGGUAAAAUCACUGGUAUGAUGUUGGAAAUCGACAACUCCGAGCUCAUCAUGAUGCUCCAAGACGAUGAAUUGUUCCGUUCAAAGGUCGAUGAAGCCGCUGCAGUUCUCCAAAGUGCUGGCAAGGCCUAA